CUAUAAUAGGAAAGACAUGUUUUCGUGGCUUCUGUUGGGGGUUGACUGCAACCGGCUAUCGAGACCGAGCCACGAAAUCGCAAAACAGAGGAUACAUCGACAUCGACAUCGACCAACCUCUCUCUCAGAUCUGUGAAAUUUGUCUAGGUUUCGAUUCCAUCCUUCAUCACCUGGUAGGUUCUGUUCUUUGCAUCCAUGGCUAAUGCUCAGGAAGAGUCGAGCCCUCUGCUGGCGAAGCAGGCCGAGGGGGAGGAGAAGUCAACUAAGGCCCAGAAUGCCUCGCCGGAGGGCGGCCCGCUCGCAGAAAAGUCUCCGGCUCCGGUACCGGUGCACGGUGGUGCCUGCGGGUGGACGGCCGAUGGAUUACCUUUGGGGUACGGGAGCGUGGUGGGCGAGCCAUUGGGAAGGAGCCAGUGGGAUUCGAGCCUCUUUGCCUGUCUCGGGCGUAACGACGAGUUUUGUAGCAGCGAUCUUGAAGUUUGUCUUCUUGGAAGCAUUGCUCCUUGUGUUCUGUAUGGAAGCAAUGCUGAGAGGCUUGGAAAUGGUUCUGCCCCAAGAACUUUCACAAAUCACUGCUUGACUUACACUGGUCUAUAUUUACUUGGAAAUUCCAUUUUUGGUGGUAAUUGGUUGGCACCCUGGUUUUCACAUCCUAGUCGUACGGCUAUCCGCCUAAAGUUUAACCUAGAGGGCAGCUGCGAGGCACUUAAUAGAUCAUGUGGUUGCUGUGGAAGCUGUGUGAAGGAUGAGCUACAGCGUGAAGUGUGCGAGUCAGCAUGUGACUUUUUGACUCAUCUCGCAUGUCACCCCUGUGCUCUUUGCCAGGAAGGUCGUGAGCUGCGGCGUAGGCUGCCUCAUCCUGGCUUUAAUGCCCAACCAGUCAUGGUUAUGCUACCUCCCACGGAGCAGACUAUGGGCCGCGGUGGAGCCUAAACCUGCAUCUUGUUUGAAGCCCAAACCUGUCUCUACUUCUGGCUUUGUUAUAUGAUAUUGCCAUGUUUGUUUUAAGAUGCUCUUUUAACUGCAUUGUGUUUGAAGACCAAGAGACCUAGUAGUGAGGUUUCAAUGGGGACUUUCCCUAUGAUGUGCUUAUAAUACAUAAUUAUAUAUUGUAUUUGUAUAUGUGCCUUCUGUAUUUUGAAUGAAAGUGGUUGAGUCGGAAUUUAAGUGAUUAAA